GCCACUUAUAAAACUUCUGGGCGCGCACCCUCGCGCUCAGACUCCGCGCUGCGUGCCUCCUCCAGCCACCGCCGCUGCGCCCGCCACCCGCCGGCUGCCCGCCCAGCCAAGCGCCCCGGCCCCGCUCGCCUAGCCUCCUGCCCCGCGCUGCCGCCACCACCAUGGGGCUACUGCCCGAGUCCAGCGAGCGCCAGGGCAGCGGCGGCGCCUCUGCGGACCGAGCCGGCCGCUGUCCCCGCUCUAUCUUCAGCAACAUUAAGGUGUUCGUGCUGUGCCACGGCCUCCUGCAGCUCUGCCAGCUCCUGUACAGCGCCUACUUCAAGAGCAGCCUCACCACCAUCGAGAAGCGCUUCGGCCUCUCCAGUUCCUCCUCGGGCCUCAUUUCCAGCUUGAAUGAGAUCAGCAACGCCAUUCUCAUCAUCUUUGUCAGCUACUUUGGCAGCCGGGUGCACCGUCCGCGGCUGAUUGGCAUCGGGGGUCUCCUCCUAGCUUCGGGGGCCUUCAUCCUCACCCUCCCACACUUCCUCUCAGAGCCUUACCAAUACACCUUCACCAGCAUUGGGAACAGCAGCCGCUUCCAGGCCGAGCUCUGUCAGAAACCCAGGCAGGACCAGCCCCCCAGCAAGUGCCACAGCAGCACGCAGGACUCCCGGAAGGAGACCAGCAGCAUGUGGGGUCUCAUGGUGGUGGCCCAGCUGCUGGCCGGCAUCGGCACGGUGCCCAUCCAGCCGUUUGGGAUCUCCUACGUGGACGACUUCUCGGAGCCCAACAACUCGCCCCUGUACAUCUCCAUCUUAUUUGCCAUUUCUGUAUUUGGACCGGCUUUCGGGUACCUGCUGGGCUCUGUCAUGCUGCAGAUCUUUGUGGACUACGGCAGGGUGGAUACAGCUGCAGUCAACUUGAGCCCUAGAGAUCCUCGUUGGAUAGGAGCCUGGUGGCUGGGCCUACUCAUUUCCUCAGCCUCCUUGGUUCUCACCUCUUGCCCCUUUUUUUUCUUUCCUCGAGCGAUACCCAGAGGAGUGGAGAGGACUCCUGCCAUCACGGAUGAGGCAAGGAAGAUGGAGAAGGCCAAGUCAAGAAGCUCCCUGCUGGAUUUCAUUAAACGCUUUCCCCGCAUCUUCCUGCGGCUCCUGGUGAACCCGCUCUUCAUGCUGGUGGUCCUGGCCCAGUGCACAUUCUCCUCCGUCAUUGCCGGCCUCUCCACCUUCCUCAACAAGUUCCUGGAGAAGCAGUACGGUGCCUCUGCAGCCUAUGCCAACCUCCUCAUCGGUGCUGUGAACCUCCCUGCUGCAGCCUUGGGGAUGCUGUUUGGAGGAAUCCUCAUGAAGCGUUUCGUUUUCUCUCUGCAAACCAUUCCCCGAGUGGCCGCCACCAUCAUCACCAUCUCCAUGAUCCUCUGUGCCCCUCUCUUCUUCAUGGGGUGCUCCACCCCCACUGUGGCAGAGGUCUAUCCCCCCAGCAGGACACCAAGUUCUAUACAUCCACAGCCUCCCGCCUGCCGCAGGCACUGCUCGUGCCCGGACUCUAUCUUCCACCCGGUCUGCGGAGACAAUGGGGUUGAGUACCUCUCCCCUUGCCAUGCCGGCUGCAGCUACAUCAAUGUCAGCUCGAUAGCCACCAAGCAGGCGACCUACUUGAACUGCAGCUGCGUGAGCGGGGGAUCGGCUUCAGCAAAGACCGGCCCGUGCCCCAUCCCCUGUGCCCACUUCCUGCUGCCGACCGUCUUCCUCAUCUCUUUCGUGGCCCUCAUAGCCUGCAUUUCUCACAACCCCCUCUACAUGAUGGUUCUGCGCCUGGCUGCCGUCUCCAGCCCUCUACGGCCUCACCAUCGACUACUCCUGCAUCCGGUGGAGCUCACAGUGCUCAGGGAGGCGAGGGGCCUGCGCCUACUACGACAACGAUGCUCUCCGAGACAGGUACCUGGGCCUGCAGGUGGGCUACAAGGCCCUGGGCACGCUGCUGCUCCUCUUCAUCAGCUGGCGGGUGAAGAAGAACAAGGAGUACAAUGUGCAGGACAAGGCUGCCGGCCUCAUCUGACUGUGACCUCGGCCCGCGCCCUGCUUGCGGGAGCGGACCCUGCCCCACACCUGCCUAUAUUACUAAUGUUAACAUGGCGUCUCCUUUUUGUUUCCUAAAUAAGAAAGAAAACCCCAUUGCCAUUUUCCCUCCCUGUCCCCUCCUCCCAAAACCCCCACCCCUAGGGUCCCUUAGGGCUGCUGUGCACCUGGGCCCGGUGGGCACAGAGCUGGAGGGCUGGGUCUUCCCUGGCUCCUUGGGAGGGGCCCCCAGAGGCCCAGGCUCACCCUGCCCGAUGAGGAUGCUCACUGAGGCAGCUCUGUCCCCCACCAACCCUGCAGGGGGUGGUUUCCUAAGUGGGGAGACCUCUGGGUCUCUGCCCAGAGGAAGAAGUGAGGGGCUGAGUUAUUAUUGGCCCGAACCAGCCUAGGGGUAGCCUGGCUCAGCCGCCUCUGCAUCUGGGUUUAGCACCAGCACAGACCCCAGGAGGGGCUGGCUCCCUUCCCCUCAGAUGCUCGCUCCCUGCCCCGAGAGGCCACUUUGGGAACUGCCGGGUUGGGAAGUGUGGUCAGCCAGCUGCGCCCUCUCUCACCCACACUCAGGCACCAGAACUGGGACUAAGACACCCUGAGAAUGGGUCAUCCAAGUGCUGUUCCCAUGAACUCUGGACCCUGCCGUGCGCGGCUCUGCGCACAUUUAUCUGUCUUUCCGGGGGUACUUCUCAAACUGGGAAAGCCACAUCCUGGGGAAGCCGAGGCAGGCUGUGGGUGGCCAUGAUGCCACCCCCGCCCCACAGUGUGAAGACAAGACUCCUCCUCUCAAAGUGAUGGGAAGACCCUCCCCAAGUUUCCUCGGGUGCAGAUGACCGUGGCUUCACACUGGCUCCCCUGUCUGGACUUAGCCUGUGGGUCGUGGAGUAAAGAGGUGGUCAGAGAUGUCAGCCAAACAAGUGCCGAAACCGAGAGGUUGUCAGAAGCUGCCAAGCUGGACGGCCAGCUGAGCCCAGAAAGGACAGGCCUCAGAAGGUGACUUCCCGGGUUCCCAACAUGCCUGUUAUAAUCGUCAACAUUUCUCAGCCUCUUCUCAACCCCCCAGGGCAGAGAGGCGCUGCUGCUGUGGGGUGGAGGUUCAGAGUUAGAAGCCAACAAAGGAGGCCUUUCAUCCACAAAUACUUUAUUUAUUGGAGACUGACUUUUGUAUAAGGCAGCGCUAGUGUGUGGUUCUCCCCUGAGCUUCCCUGUGGUCUCGCCUCCCCGCCCUCCAUCUGUAGAGAGGGCUUGCUGGGCAACGCGGGGGAUUCACAGCAGGAACCAGAGAUGGACUGAGCCCACACCUGGCCUUCAGAGACAGAGAGCUGACUCACCCUGUCCCCUGGGGCAGCUGGCCGUUGGUCAUGGUCACAGGUGAAUGGAGCUGUUGAGUGCCUCUCCUCUUGGAAGACCCUUCCAGAAGCCACUUUGGGGAAGGCCUCAUAUGGUAGAAUGUCAAUGGCCACUCUGCCAUGGGACCAAAGUCUUUGUGAAGGCCACCGCUACAGACAACCUGAUUCCAAAGCCACCAGCUCUGUUUCCUAAGCUCUCACUCAGGAAGGGAGGCUCUAUGCAACCUCAGGGGCCAGUGUCAGCCUUUAAAAUGGUCCUGCUUGGAAAAUGAUUCCCUGCGACUAAUCCUGGUCCUUCUCGCUGCAAUUUAACCAAAUUCUGAAGGCGCUGCCUUCAGCUGAGCUCAUCAACAGAGAAUGCCAACCUUUAGAUUCUGGAAGAUGGUUGCCCUCUGAAGCCUUUAUUCUAUUAUGAUAUUGCUAUUAAUAUAUUAUAAUUUUGCUACUGAUGUAA